AUGCACGGGGUCAUAAAGUGCCCUAUCUUUGCAGCAAAAUCUCUGGAAGAUAAGAAGGCUUUCAUACGGGAAAACAAAUUGUGCUACGGAUGUUUGAGAAAGGGACAUAACAGUAAGGAUUGCAGAACGCGACACUCUUGUGGCAUAUGCAACAGACGUCACCCCACCUGUCUACAUGAAGAAAGAGAGAACCAAUCUGUUGAAACAAAGGAGAAACAGUCCACUUUCACAGACAAAGGUACUAGUCAGGAGGAGAUCAAAGUGACGUCCCAUGCAGUGACGCAGCGUGUCUUUGCCACAUCAAGCAUCGUCCCUGUUUUCAUGUCAUCUGCAAACGAACCACAGAAAGAAAUUAUAACUUAUGCUCUUCUGGACACGCAGAGUGAUUCGACAUUCGUUUUAGAAGACCUACUCGAAGAGCUGAAUGUGGAGACCAAACCAGUGCAGCUCAAACUGAGCACCAUGACAGCUGUUGACACACCCAUAGCAAGCAAAAGUGUAUACGGUCUACAAGUUCGAGGACUACAGUCUGAAAAACAGAUUCAGCUACGCCAAGCCUACACACGUGGCUUCAUCCCGGUCGACAAGUCCUACAUCCCGACUUCCAAAACGGCGCUGCUCUGGCCUCAUCUAAAGCAUCUAGCAAACAAACUCCCGCUGCUGAAGGACUGUGAGGUGGGACUGUUAAUUGGAAGUGAUUGCCCAUUGGCGUUAGCCCCCCAGGAAGUCAUCACAGGAGGCGAAAAUGAUCCAUUCGCCCAGAGAACGGAACUCGGCUGGAGCAUUGUAGGCUCAUCCAAUCCACAUCUGGAUCGCCAGGGAAACCAGAGGUUCGUCCAUCGAGUGACCGUGAAAGAAAUACCAGUGCCAUCACCCAAUGACGUGCUAAAGCUUCUGAGUGACAACAUAACUCAAAGGAAAGAUGGACACUAUGAAAUGCCCCUCCCUUUCAAGAGCAUAGAGCCUCCUUUGCUACCAGACAACAAGAAGCUGGCAACAAUUCGAUUGCAGCACCUUAAGAAAAGGUUGAAACAUAACGAGCGAUAUAAAGAACAGUACAAGGCCUUCAUGAAAGAUAUGAUAAAGGAAGGCAACGCAGAGCCAGCCUCUCCUGCAACAGGACAGCAGACUACGUGGUACAUACCACACCAUGGGGUGUUCCACCCCAAGAAGCCAGAGAAGCUAAGGGUUGUCUUUGACUGUCCUGACCUGAUCAACUCUCUCCUUGGAGUGCUCUGUCGUUUCAGGAAAGAGGCUGUAGCCAUCAUAUGCGACAUUGAGAAAAUGUUCCAUCAGUUUUACGUUCCUCCUGAACUACGUAACUACUUACGGUUUCUCUGGUGGGAGGAUGGAGACCUCGAAGCAGAGCCUCAAGAGUAUCAAAUGGCUGUCCACCUAUUUGGCGCCGCUUCAUCACCUGGAUGUGCCAACUUCGGUCUGAAGUACUUGGCACGUCAACACAAGGAAGAGUAUCCAUCAGCGUCAGCCUUCGUUGAAAAUAAUUUUUACGUCGAUGAUGGGCUUAUCAGCGUCCCCUCAAUAGAAGAAGCAAAGGAGUUGAUUGCUGAAGCACGAGAGUUGUGCAAGAGAGGUGGCUUGCGUCUACACAAGUUCAAUUCAAAUGAAAGGUCAGUUCUGGACUCUGUGGACCCAACUGAGAGAGCAGUCACAUCUGAACCUCUCAAUCUGGACCUAAAUGCAGCUCCAGCAGAACGUGCUCUCGGUAUCCAGUGGUCCCUUGAGCAUGACACCUUCUGUUUCAAUGUAAACCCACAGACCAGGCCCUCCACACGUCGCGGCAUCCUAUCUGUCAUUGCUUCUUUGUACGAUCCAGUCGGAUUUGUGGCUCCGUUUAUCUUAACCGGAAAGUGUAUCCUCCAGGAGCUGUGCCGUCGAGGCAUUGGAUGGGAUGACCCACUUCCCGAAGACGUAAGUCCACGGUGGGAGAGAUGGAAAAGCGACCUAAAAAGGCUGAAGGAAGUCUCAAUACCGAGAUGCUAUCAACCACAAGGCUUCCGCAAAACUGUCAUGAGGGAACUACACCACUUCUCGGAUGCCAGCAAUAUAGGAUAUGGCUCGUGUUCCUAUCUGAGAAGCAAGAAUGAAGAUGGUCAAGUUCACUGCAGCCUCGUGAUGGCAAAGGCUAGAGUUGCGCCUACAAAACUCACAAGCAUUCCAAGAUUGGAACUUUCAGCAGCAGUGGUUGCUGCAAGAUCAAGUGUCAUGUUGAGAAACGAGCUAGAAAUGCCGAUCCAUGCAGAAUUUUUCUGGACUGAUUCCCAAGUUGUCCUGGCUUAUAUCAACAAUGAAGCAAGAAGGUUUCAUGUUUUCGUUGCCAAUCGUGUGCAAAUGAUCAGAGAACACACCAGACCCAGCCAGUGGCACUACAUAGACACAACAGAAAACCCUGCUGACCAUGCGUCGAGAGGUCUCAGUGCAGUAGACAUUUCUUCAUCAAACUGGCUACCGGGACCCAAAUUCCUGUGGGAACGAGAAAUACAUCCAGAGUCUCACCUAACUCUUGAGUUGCUUGUUGGUGAUCCUGAGGUCAGGUCAAUGCAGGUGUUUACAACAAAAGUUGAACCUUCCAAGUCAGAUAUUCUUACCCGUCUAAAUCGAUUUUCCUCCUGGUCAAAACUCCUGAAAGUCAUUGCAAGAAUCAAGAGGUUGAAUUCAAAGCAAACCCAUCCUGGCAAAACUGUGAGCGUGGAAGAACGAGAGAGAGCUGCCGAAUCCAUAAUGAGGCUUGCACAAGAAGAAGCAUUCUUCCAAGAGAUGAAAAUACUUAAAAAGGGAAAAGGUCUUCAAAACUCCAGUCCUCUGUUUCGCUUGGAUCCCAUCUUAGAAGGAGGAGUACUUCGUGUCGGUGGGAGACUAGAUCAGUCUUCCUUAAGCCUAGAAGUCAAACACCCUUUGAUUCUACCCAAAGGAGGACAUAUUACCAAGCUGAUAUUGACCCACUGCCACGAGAGGAUCUGUCACCAAGGACGCAAUCAAACUCUAACAGAACUCCGAGCCAACGGGUUUUGGGUCAUCGGAGGAAGUAAGUCAGUUGCUAAGCUGAUACACAGAUGUGUGAAGUGCAGAAGACUCAGACGGCCUUCAGAAGAACAACGCAUGGCAGAGCUUCCUAAGGAGCGUGUAGAAGUCUCUGCUCCCUUCACAUACUGCGGCACCGAUUGCUUUGGUCCAUUCAUUACUAAGAAAGCCCGCAAAGAGCAAAAGCGCUAUGGCUUAAUCUUCACUUGCCUUGCUUCUCGAUCUGUUCACAUUGAGAUGCUUGACGACCUAUCCACAGAUGCAUUUAUCAAUGCCUUAAGAUGCUUCAUCAGUCUCAGAGGAGCCGUUCGUCAACUCCAUUGCGAUCAAGGAACCAAUUUUGUGGGAGCUAAAAAUGAGUUCAGAGAAGCACUGAAGCAAUUUGACACCAAAACAAUCAAGAGCUUCCUCGCAGAGAGGCAAUGUGAGUUCAUCUUCAAUGCUCCCUCAGCAAGUCACGCUGGUGGCGUCUGGGAGCGUCAGAUUCGGACUGUCCGUAAUGUUUUAAAUGCCACACUCUGUCAAUACUCGGGCAGACUCGAUGACUCUUCCCUUCGAACUCUGUUCUAUGAGGCAAUGGCCAUUGUGAACAGCCGUCCGUUAACCGUAAACGGGGUAAAUGAUCCUACCUCACUCGAGCCAUUAACUCCAAACCAUCUCAUACUGAUGAAGUCCAAGAUUGCCCUUCCACCACCUGGCAAAUUUGAGAAGGAGGAUGUCUAUGCAACUAAAAGGUGGCGAAGAGUUCAGUACCUCGUCGAACAGUUCUGGAGCCGGUGGAAAAGAGAAUAUCUCAUGAACAUCUCCACACGCCAAAAGUGGCAUACGACUCGACGCAACCUUAAGGUAGAUGACUUGGUCAUUAUAAAGGAAGACACCCCCAGAAAUCAGUGGCACCUGGGACGAGUGGUUGAAACCACAAAGGAGAGAGAUGGACUAGUGCGUCGCGUCAAGGUGUUAGUAGGAGAAAGGACGUCAGUGAAACAAGAUCGCCCUACCAAACCUUUGAUUAUAGAAAGGCCCAUUCAGAAACUAGUUCUCCUAGAGAGUGAAUGAUCAGUCUUAGUUGUCUACACCUUCAUACCCCCUUUGACAUGGGCUACUCUCUCUUAGUUAAGUUGUACUCACCUGCACAUAUCUAGAAACACUGAUACAGACAUAGGACUCACGUAUGAGCCGUUCAGCCAGGUUAAUCCUUGUCUUCACUCUCAUAACAUGAGUGGUGGGAGUGUAAAUGACCACUAGCAGUGUUUUAUUAUGAGUAUCCUGUUUUCAUACUUUUAUUUCAUGGGACUUUUAUUUUGACAUCAUACUAUCUGCAUGGGGGACUAAUUUCUCUGCGCUCUCACUCGUUCAAAUUAAAAGAAACACAGGAAGGCAUGAGAAGGUACGUUGCAAGACGAUGCAUGUUUAAAGUCAGAGAUCUAAAAUAUUACUGUAAUCUUCAACUAAAGUGUUCCUUGAAGUGUUAUACCACUGUGCUUGAUUUGUUUUGGCAGUAAUGACUUGAGAAUAAUUCAUGAAGUUGCUAGCUAUCUCGUUCAUGUUAAGUUAAUGGCUGCAUCCUUCCCUGGAUCACCACUCUCUAGCACCCUUUGAUAUGCGGAGCGAGUUUUCACGGUGUUGGUGCUAUGCACACUCGUCUGAAUUAAAGUACACCCGUAUGGAAACACUCCCAAGCCUGUUUAUUCAAAGUUGAAGGGCUGCUACAGUGAUAAUAGUUAUAAUAUUAUUACUAUUAUUAAUUAAUUUUUUAUAGUUG